CCUGUGGACGUGACGACCUGUAGACCUGUGAUAACAACUAAGACCUGUAGACCUGUGACGACCUGUAAAUCUGUGACGACCUGUAAACCUGUGACGACCUGUAGACCUGUGAUAACAACUAAGACCUGUGACGACCUGUAGACCUGUGACGACCUGUAAACCUGUGACGACCUGUAGACCUGUGAUAACAACUAAGACCUGUGACGACCUGUAGACCUGUGGUAACAACUAAGACCUGUGACGACCUGUAACAUCCUGUAGACCUGUGACGACCUGUAGACCUGUGACGACCUGUAACAUCCUGUAGACCUGUGUGUGUAUACUUUAAGAGAUGGGGCUGAAGAAGAUGGUCCAGGGUGGCCUCACAUCAUACCUGUACUCAGACGGACUCAACCAGGCAGACCAGAUUAAGGUCAUCAUCUUGAGCAAAAAUGAAUCAUUCUCGUUGAAGUUGUCGACAAGCGAUGACUCAGUGAUUAAAUGGAGCCACAACAUCCAGAAGACGCCCCGGGAAUACUUGUGUCUUCUCAGUAAAGCUGUUACUACCUCCUUCACCACCACUGAUAAAGAGGAUAUAUUUGAGAUCCAGGAAGAUCAUUUUGUGUGGAAACAAUAUUUUCCAGAUUUGAAAGUGUACGGUAAAAGAGGAAAAUUUAAACUUGAAACAAUAGAAUAUGAUGAUGCUGUUGGUAAGGUCUUGGAUGGAGCCAUACAAGAACUGAAAUCUGACUCACAGUGCAUCCAGACUCUAAAAGAAGAAUCACAAAAGAUGUCUAAUAAAGUGAAUGAAGCUGUGGACAUGGCAUCAAGGAGCGUCUUAAUGAAGGAAGAAUUUGAGAGGGAGAUAUAUAGCAAGUGUGCUGCCAUCAUUAAUGCCAAGAAACUCAGAAUACAACAACUAAAAUCCAGCCAUCCAACUAGCUCAGUUGGUAAACCCUGUGGCCUUGUUAGGUCUGCUGAGACGUCGGGCUCAGCCGCUCGGCCACCCAAGAAAGCGCGACUUGAGAACAGCGACAGUGAUUGUUACGACUCGGACACUGACGUAGACGAGCCCGACGAGGACACGGACGAGGAAAAUCUUGCUCGCCUCUCACCGUCCAAACAGAGACACGAGGCCAACUUUAGUGCUGAAGCCAAAGCACCAGCUGUUGUCUCAGAUUCACAGGAGUGUUUUAAUGACAGUCUGGAAGCUGAGUUGUACCCCACUGCAACUACAAGUAAAAGGCCAAAUUUUUCCUCCAAAUCAUCUGUUGUAAGUAAAAAUGAUACCAAAGGCUCACAGCGAGGUAAAACUAACAAGUGUGGGACAUCAAGUGUAGCGUCACACACCUCAAAACAAUCUCGCGUACCAGAAGACAAUAAUCAAAAGUCUAUCAUUGAUGAGCUCUUUUAGUGGAGUUCUUUAAAUGUUUUUCAGUUUGGUAAUCUUAAUGUUAACAGUUUGAGGUAAUAAUGUUAUACCAAUGUUGGAUGUGUAUUAUGAGGAGGGGCCAUGUUGUGGGUACAGUACAGUAUGUUAAAGUAUCUAAAAUAUAUUUGUUAUUUUACCACAAAAGUACUUUACUAGUUACCCUUGUUAUUAACUAACAUAGGAACAUAAUAUAAUAUAUAUAUAUAUAUAUAUAUCCAUUUUAAUGUAUGUAGAGUAUUUAUAUAUGAACUUUGCUCCCUUGGCCUACAAGAUAUAGUAGUAAUGGUACAGUACAAAAUUGUGUCUAGGAGUGUUCUUAUUGAUACAACCAAAUUAAUUAACUAAUGAAUAUAUAUACUGAACACCUUUUUUAUUUAACAUACCAAAGAAUAUGGGAGGCAAUAUGGAAGAGUAUAGUUGUGUCCGUCCCUUAGUACAUAUUGUUUCCGGUCAGUAAGUUGAGAAAGACACAACAGAUCUAGAGACUAUUUGGCCUACAUCUUGAGGCAGUAUAGUCCUGCAUAAUGAAUAACUAAUUGACAUAAAUUAGGUUUAACAUCGAUAGUGUUUCAGGAUGAUAAGUCACUAAACUUGUAAAUUUAAUGAGUAAAAUGAUAUGUGAAAUACUACCUAUGUGUUACAGUAUUUAUACUUUUAAUUUACAUACAAUCCUUUAAUUCAUUAAACAAUCAGUAGACCUUUAAUGAAUGGUGAAAUAUGAACAGGAAAACUUUAAGAGGCAGCAACAUCUAUUUUACUUAACUUUCUCUUUACACUCACAGUGCUGUAAGGUAUAAUAAAAUAUUCGGUCACAGUUCUAAAUAUCCAGUACGGCGAUAUCCCCGUGAGCCGGAAUAUUUGGUGCAGAGCUCUUCUGGGCGCGAGAGAUUUCCGGGAACGGAGACAAAUUUUCUCUUCCCGGAAAAAAUUGCACAUCCCUGGUAUGUUUCCGGGUGGUGGGGAGAGUUUCCCAAGUCUAAACUACACAGACAGACACAGUGUUGUAUUUAGUUACACCAACACAACUGUACACCAGCAGAGGCUGUCAUCUUGAGCUGAUGAUGCAGGCAGACCAAAUGGUGAUACAGGAUGAUGGCCUGCCUUUGUCCUGUACUGUAGCAGGUGUUACUCCGUCCAUGAAGGAGGGAUCGUACACACACACUAGCCUACAGCAGACAUACACUAUCCACUCUGCUAUGUACUGUACUUUCACACUUACUGAAUGUACAGUACAGUAUAUAUAACUGUGAUAAUUGUUUCAUGUUAACACUAUUCUUGGCUGAUUGUGUCCUGGUACAAUAAUGUACAGUACAGCUUAACACAAACUGUAUGCAAGAACAGCAGGAAGCGAGGGAACAACCUUGUACAUGUAUAACGGCAGCACAAUAUAUACCAAGUGCCUUAAGUUACCCAAGCAGCUAGCCGACCCAGCACACGGGAACUCAUCAGAGCACGAUGCAAUCUCUCGGAACUCCCCGAAAAUAUGUUCUCACGCCCAGGACGGACAGAUUUUCUCGGAAUUUUUCUGUAAAAUGCGCAAGAUUUCAUCCUCGGAAAAUUGUUGCCGUGCCCGGAAUGGAGAUAGUUUUCCCAGAAGGCUCAAAAUUUAUUCCAGCUAUUAGAGAAUUGUGGAGACCAAAUAUUGAGGCUAACAAGAGGGAGAUUACUGUAAACACAACCAGUGGUGACCAAGACCCAAGUGAACUACACCAACAAGUGUGGACGGGUUAAACAGUACAUAUCUUUACACACACAGAUAUAUGAACACUCGGUAAAAAAAGUAUCUUUCAGGAAGGGUCUGAUGAAUUUGGGGCUGAACACUAGGGUUGGUAGAUGUGAUUGUGAGACAUUUUCUACCUAUUAUAGUAGACCUAAUUUAGUUAUUUAAUUUAAAAUAUAAAGUUAGUUUGUUGCAUUAUGAUGGUGAAUAACAGUGUGCCUCAUGAGCCUUUAUCAAGAACCUUCAUUCAUAAGGUGUUAUUUUGUUUAGCACAAGCAUUGUAAAUAGUGAUAUAUCCAUUAGCCUGAACAAUUGGUCAAGAGCACUUCUGGGAAUGAGAGAUUUCCGGGUAACGAGGCGACUCUCUCAAAGCUGGAAAAAAUCCCCCAUCCCCAGAAUUUUCCGGGUGCUGGGAAAAAUUUCUCGGAAAUUUCCCCAAAAACGUGUCCCUCGGAAAAUCCUCCCCAGAGGCAGAAUUUUCUGGAGAAUUCCAGCUUCGGGAAUGAUUUUUUAGAAAAUUUCAAUUCUGGCCGUCGAAGAGUUUCGGGUUUGAGGGAUUCCGGCUAACAGAGAUAUUACCGUAUAGUUUUUUACCGAGCGUACUUAAGUUCACAUAACAUUUAGCAAUUGGUAUCUUUAUAAAAGGUACAUAUCAUCGAAUAUGUACAGUACGGUAGAUUGAACAGGCACUGACUGUAUGUAAUUUUGGGUCAUUAAUCAUGUGUAAAUUAUAAGUGUAGUAGAGUGUUAACAUAAAGGUACAUAACUGGUCUAGUAACAAUGGCAACUGAGUUAUUGUUGUCACUCCUCUUGUUAUUUAUCACAAGAAAAAGUACAUGUACGAACAACAGUUUGGUCUAGUGUGGUACAGGUACUUCUUCUCUUCUGUCAGUACAGUAUAUCUGUCUUAUAACAUCUUUUACCGUAUUAACAAUUCUCCCAAAUUUGUUUUAUAUGUUUCAAAGGAACAAUCUUUGAAGUGUUAAAUAUUCAAUUCAUGUACUACACCCAACAAAAAAGUAUCUGCACCUUUUUGCCGUCAAACAAUACAAAACAAUGAACUAAAAAUUCUUAAGUCCUGGGGCCUAAGCCACUGUUGACACACCGAGUCACCAUGCAGUUGGACGGCACAGUUGUGGAGAGCGCCGAUGGACGCCCGAGUAGAGUCUGACGUCUCCUUUCCUAAUUUGUUGCCGAUAUAAUUUAUGGCCAAUGACAGACAAUAUUCCACCUUCCUUCUUACCUACAGAAGGGUGAGCUUUGCCAUGUCUCAAAGGUAGAGUUCAAAAUACCUUUAAAUAAAUGUAAAAAUAUAGAAACAUACAUUACACAUGUGUAGUCAACUUCAUUACCGCUUCCUGUCAUUAAUGCAUGUUCCCAUAAGGCAACUCAUCCCCACAGUUGAUUGAUAAAGUUCUCAAUGUUCGUUAACCAAAUAUAUUAUACAGACUGUGUUGUUUUCAAGCAUGUCUACUGGAACAUAUUUACCACUGUCGAUAUCCAGAAGAGCUAACAGGAUAUUACAGAGAUACGUCUCACAAUCAUGCUUGCCAACCCUACCGAGACAACAGGAGGCGCAGCAGCAGCACUCAAACUGAAAACCAUCAAUCCCAGGGGUACAGAUACUUUUUUUGGUGGGUGUAUGACUGCACAUGUAAUACUGUACAGAUAUGUUGAUACACUAAUACAGUAUUGUAUUUUCUUAAUUAAAAGAUAAUGUUGUUGUUCUUCACUAUUGAUUUUUAUUAGAUGUUUGAGUUUCUA